UAGGGUAAAUGUGGCCCAUUAGAAGUUACAGGCCCACACCCAUUUCGCAGUCUUAUAAGUUAUCUUCCUUCUUCUUCCUCACAAAACCUUAGUUGCAGUGUAACCACCGCGCCUCAACCUUCCAUUCAAUCCCCCGAACAAUGACAAAGAGAACCAAGAAGGCCGGUAUUGUUGGCAAAUACGGCACCCGAUAUGGUGCUAGUUUGAGGAAGCAAAUUAAGAAAAUGGAAGUCAGUCAGCACAGUAAAUUCUUCUGCGAGUUCUGUGGAAAGUAUGCUGUCAAGAGGAAAGCUGUCGGUAUUUGGGGCUGCAAAGAUUGUGGAAAAGUGAAAGCUGGUGGUGCUUACACUUUGAAUACUGCCAGUGCUGUAACUGUGAGAAGCACAAUCCGAAGGUUGAGGGAGCAGACUGAGAGUUAGAAUCCAUUUACGUUUUUGUCGUUUUGUUCUGGAAGUCAUUGGAGAGACUUUUGUAGCUGUUUUAAGAUUAUAUUUUGUUUGGAUAGUUGAUGAACAAGAAGUUUUGCUGGUUUUUGUCAAAUGUAUCUCUGAUGAUGUUUUUGAUUCUCAAAUGCUAUCUAGUUAUGUGGUUUUGCUUCAUACGAUGGUGAAUCCGGUUUUUUUUUUUUUAUGCUAAUAGACGUGUUGUGAUUGUA